ACGUGGGCUAAAGCGACCAAUGGGAUGAAGUGAAUUGAUUUAAAAACAAAUGUGCGGAAGCUGGAAGCAGCAAACUGACGAAAAAGGCAGAAUAAAGAACAUAAACUCUUCGGAUUGAGACUAAGACAUAUUGUUCUUUGAGAUUACUACGCUAAGAUACAAUGGCAAACGUCCUCUUCACCGAACAGGAGAAUGCUUGUCUCCGUCCACCUGCCCUGAAAAUGCGACAGAGGCUUCAGUCUGCCCCAGAAAAACUAUUGAAGUCUCCAGUGAUGGUCAAAAAAAACCCUGUGUCGUCAGCUCGUAAGGCUUUUGGGGCAGUGAACAAAAAGAUCUUAACCCCUGCUUCAAGUACACAAGAGAAGAAAGUUUUAAAGCCACAGGAAGUCAAGGUCAAGCAUCUUUCUGAAGCCAAGGUAGAGGAAUACCCAGAAAUCGAGAAGUUUAUUCCUUACAACCCAUUAGAGUUUCAGAAGUACAGCAUACCCGAGGACUUCAUUCCUUUCAGUGGUCUGGCUCUACCCGGAUUGGCCUGUUUCACCUCCCCUCUGCUUGAAGAAGACCUGGAAAAGAUUCUGCCUCUCCCAGACCCGUCACCUGCAGAAGAGUGCAAGCAUCCAGAUCCCAGCUUGGAGCUGGAUGCCUUCCUGCAAACCCUUGAAGAGCUGACAGUUGAAGUCCCCCCAGAACCUGUUACUGACUGCUGAUGCCUGUUUGUUAAAUGGCUGUUUUUAAUUUGUGUUUGAAAUAAAGUGUUCUUAGUUA